GGUCGCCGGUUCAUCUUUUUCUCUCCGGGCACACCCAUCUCAUGAAAGAGGCAGUGGUUGGUUGUCGAGAGAGCCUAAAUCAUUGAAAGCGAGUUUUAUUGUACCGCUUCAAGGGCAAGUGAAUCAUAAAUACGAAAUUCAGAAAAAAUGGCAUUCCACUCAAUGCUUUCAAUGUUGUUCCCAAAGAUUCUCAGCUUUACUUAAUAAUGAAGAAAAUAUAAAGAAGCAGCCUUACAAGCAAGAAAGAUUAGAGCAUGAUUAUUCAUCCAAACAUGAGGAUGCUUAUAAAGGACCAUUGGGAAAAAUAUAUGCAUUUUACAGAUUUACUCGUCCAUAUGCUGCCAUGGGCACAGGUCUGGCUGUAGCAUCUGCUUCUUGUCUUCCAGUACAAACAAUCUCGGAUUUCUCUCCAACAUUUUUUGGAGGAGUAAUAAAGGCUAUUAUUCCUACAAUAUUGGCUCACAUCUAUGCAGCUGGGGUGAAUCAACUAUAUGAUAUAGAAAUUGACAAGGCUAACAAAAAACAUCUUCCAAUCGCUACUGGAGUCUUCUCAAUUGGAAUUGCUAAGGCUAUUGUUUGGACAGUCACAUUACUGCUUCCCUUCCUUAGGUGGAAAAGAGAUCCUAUACUCAGUGCAAUAAUCAUUGGAUUCUGGAGGGGUAUUGGUAGCAUUGUUCCUUACUUCAUACACGCUCAGAAAUAUUUAUUGGGCAAGCCAAUAACAAUCACCAAGUCUUUGGUAUUUGCUUCAGUUGUAAUGUCUCUACAUGGUAUUGCUAUCGUAACAUUCAAGGAUGUACCAGAUGUCGAUGGAGAUAAAGAAGGUGCCAUUGUCACCUCUAGCACCAAACUUGGCAAAGAAAGAGCACUCUCCCUUGGCAUUAACAUCCUUCUGAUUGCUUAUGGUCUUGGAAUGAUAAUGGGGGUUUCGUCUUCUUCAUCUUUACUGUUCAAACUUAUCACAAUACUAGGUCAUUCUGCCAUUGCUGCUGUUCUUAUGCUUCAUUCUAGGAGUGUUGAUCUUACAGAUAAAUUAUCUGCACAAUCAUUUUACAUGUUCAUUUGGAAGUUAGUUUAUGCUGAGUACCUGCUCCUUCCAUUUGUACGCUGAGAAGAAUAUCAAGUGAUGGUACAAGGUGAAGGGGUUGUUGUGUACGUCCUAAAGUCUUUAUAUUACUCCUUCCAUUUAUAUGUUGAGAAGAUUAACUGAUAAGAUUUUAAUUACUAGAGUACGCUGGAUUUUAUUAUAAAACUAUGCCUACUAGCUAGCUAGCAUAUUUAUGAUA